AUGGAGUUUCUAGAUGACUAUGACUUUGAGAUACACUACCAUCUCGGUAAGGCCAGUGUAGUAGCGGAUGCUUUGAGUAGAAAAUUUGUAAGUAUGAUGGCUAGGCUAGCGAUAAGGAAAUGGAAGAUGAUGGGGGAUGCCAAUGAAUUUGACUUGCAACUUGGUGAAUCUUCGAAAAACGCUACUCUUUUCACCGUUAUCGCACAACCUACCCUUGUCACAAGAGCAGUUGAAGCACAACUGGGUGACCCAGAAGUAGACUUAAUCGAGGAGAAGAUCUCUAAAGGGAAGGAAGAGAGGGGUUUAAAUGUUCAUGCGGAUUCUAGUGUUUGUUACCUUGACCAACUGUUCAUGCCUGAAUCCAUGAGAAAUGAAGUUUUAAAAGACUUCCAUCACUCACGCUUAGCAGUGCAUCCGGGGGGCACCAAAAUGUAUCAUGACCUAAGCCACCAAUUUUGGUGA